CGGGGGACGCGCCCCCCACCCGGGGCCUGCGGCGGGGGCGCCGGAUAAAGCGGUGCCGGCCGGCCGGCCCCCGACGGGACAGGACCGGAGGGGACGGGCAGGGCCCGGGGGGGCCAUGGCGAGCCCCUUGCAGCCGCAGCAGGAGCUGACGGCCCCCGGCGAGCAGCGGCUGCUCUGGGGGAGCGGCGCGGCGGGGGCGAAGCGGCAGCCGUCGGGGGAGCGGGCGGAGGGGCUGCUGCUGCUGGAGCUGCGCCGCUGCCGACGGUCGCCGGCCCCCGGCGUGGAGGGGAAGGAAGAGGAGGACGAGGAGGACGAGGAGGAGGAGGAGGAGGCGACGGCGGGCCCGGGCUGCUGCCCCAAGUGCAAGAAGCGGGUGCAGUUCGCCGACUCGCUGGGGCUGAGCCUGGCCAGCGUGAAGCACUUCAGCGACGCCGAGGAGCCGCGGGUGCCGCCCGCCGCCCUCUCCGUCCUGCAGAGCCCGCCCGUCGAGGCGGGGGAGCCCGGAGCAGCCCCGGGGCUUCCCUCCAGCGGGGCCCGGCCGCCGGCCGCCCUGCUCCUGGAGCCCGACUUCCCCGACGGCGGCGCGCCGUCGGCCGAGCGGCUGCGGCGGCAGCGAGUGUGCCUGGAGCGGCUCUGCCGGCCCGCCUCGGCCGCCGGCGUGCGGGGCACGGUGCAGGUGCUGCCGUGCGGCGGCCCCGCCGAGGUGACGGUGCGCUACACCUUCAACGAGUGGCUCUCCUUCAUGGACGUCCCGGCUGAACCCCUGGCCGCCGCCGCGACCCCUGCCGUCGAGCCGCCGGCCGAGCGCUACGGCUUCACCCUGUGCGUCCCGCCGAGCUCUGGGGAGGGCUCGGCCCUGCACUUCGCCGUCCGCUACCGCAGCCAGCAGGGCGAGUACUGGGACAACAACGAGGGCCGCAACUACACGCUCCGCUGGUGCCGCCGCGCCCCCGACGGCUGCUCCGACAUGGCGGCCGCGCCCCUCCACUGACGGGGCGGGGGGCGGGGGGGAGGCACACCUGAGGAAGAAACGGGGCAUCGCCGUGGCUCGCGGGGUCUUUUUUAUUAGUUUUUGGAGGAUACGAGGGGAUUGAGUGGCGUGUGGUUUGGUGUUGGUCUUGGUGACGCACUAUUUUCUUUUUUUUUCCUCGACGUCAUUUUCUGAGGCUUUGAUUCAGGCAUCACCUCACGACCUGAUCGCCGGAGCACCCGAGUGACACGAGCCCCACGUUUGCCACAGAUGUAACACAGCACCCUGCUUCUCCUGCUUGCACAGCCCUUCCAGAGCCAUGGUGCUGUGAUAGCGGUGUUGUGCGUUGCCUUUUUAGCAUUAUUUUUUCAAUCCAGCGGUCUCCGCAACAAUAUGAUGCUCCCUAACGAGGGCCCCUGACGAACUUCAGUGCCUGCCCCACCUUGGCUGUGCCCCCAGCCUCAGAGCUGGGUCUGGGUCGGGGCUGCCCUGGUUUUUGUCACUCAACGGGCUCUGAUAGCACUCACAGCCUUCCCCAGGCUUGGGUGCGGAUACCUGCGUGCGUCUGGCUAAUAGCAGCCAACGGGGACUUCUGCAAAAGUGUUUUUGCUUAAAAUAGGCUGCUUGCUGCUUCUCACACAAUUGACGGGCCUAAAAACGGGGCAAAGGAGGAGUUAAAAAUGUUUGCUGAUACUGAGUCUGUCAGGAGAACUUUGAUAACAACACCGUUGAGUAAUGUAAAGUAAAAGAUGGUGUCUGUCUCA